AUGGAUAUCGACUUUGAAUAUCGUUUUGCAGUCAUUAAUGUGUUAAUCAUAUCUCUUGUCCUCAAUUUCGGACGAUUUUUUCUGAUGGACAGUUGGCUUCGGGCCUAUGAGGCGCCGCCGUUAGAUCAGUCCCAGAAUCUGUAUAACAUGUCCGCCUGGCGUGAGAACGGUAUCACAACUCUCAGGUUCUUUAGGAAGAGGAUUACCGGCGACAACAAAGACUUCCAGUUCACAGAC